CCCCUGCUGCGUUGGCCUCCGACCCCCGGUCACGCAGCAGCCAGACGUCGCUCGUGGUGUAGUUGUGUACAUAAAUUGGUAGAGUGGGUGAGCAGAUGAAUUUUUUAUCCCGAAGAAAUGGUGCAAACUAUGUUCUUUUUUCUCAAAGUUGGGGAAGGGCUAAAUUCUAUUUCUAUCCAGGCAUUCUAUCCAGCUUAAUAGGCGGCGCGAUUGCUGCGUGUUUGCGGUGUUCGGAUGUUCGCUAUCGUAGUUAUUUAAGUUCCAAGAAUACAUCGUCAAGAUCCAAGCCACUCCAAAAAUGGACAAGACUGGUGGCAGUACUUAUCAGUCACCUCUAUCGUCACGGUACACAUCACCAGAGAUGAAUUUUAACUUCAGCGACCAGAAGAAAUUUUCCACUUGGAGAAAACUAUGGCUUUAUUUGGCUCAAGCAGAGCAGGAGCUGGGCCUGCCCAUUCUGGAUACCCAGCUGGCCGAGAUGGCCGCUCACCUGGAAGACAUCGACCUGGCAGCCGCCGCCGAGCACGAGCGGCGCGUGCGACAUGACGUCAUGGCACACGUGCACACGUUCGCCGCUGCCUGUCCGCUGGCGGCCGGCGUAAUCCACCUGGGUGCCACCUCCUGCUUCGUCGGUGACAACACGGACCUGAUUGUGAUCCGAGACGGCCUGGACAUCCUGCUGCCGCGUCUGGGCCGCUGCAUACAGCGCUUGGGCAUCUUUUCCGAGAAGUACGCCGCCCUGCCCACCCUGGGGUUUACGCAUCUGCAGCCCGCGCAGCUGACCACGGUGGGGAAGCGGUCGUGCCUCUGGCUGCAGGACCUGGUGCUGGACGAGCAGACGUUGCGCCAGCUCCGGAAAGACCUGCGCUUCCGCGGCGUCAAGGGCACCACGGGCACGCAGGCCUCCUUCCUCCAGCUGUUCGCCGGUGACCACGACAAGGUGGUGCGGCUGGAUCGGCGUGUGACGGAGCUGGCUGGCUUCUCCUCCUGCUACACCAUCUGCGGACAGACGUACCCACGCAAGCUGGAUGUGAUGAUGGUGCAGGCACUGGCCAGCCUAGGCGCCAGCGCGCAUAAGAUGUGCACCGACAUCCGCCUGCUGGCCAGUAUGAAGGAGCUGGAGGAGCCGUUCGAAAAGUCACAGAUCGGCUCGUCAGCCAUGCCCUACAAGCGCAACCCGAUGAGGUCGGAGCGGUGCUGUGCUCUGGCGCGCCACCUGAUGGCGCUGCCUUCCAACGCCCUGCCAACGGCCGCUACGCAGUGGAUGGAGCGCACACUCGACGACUCCGCCAACCGCCGGCUCACGCUGUCUGAGGCGUUCCUCGCCGCCGACGGUUUGCUGCUGACGCUGCAGAACAUCACAGAAGGCCUGGUGGUGUACCCGCGGGUCAUACAGCGGCACAUCCAGCAGGAGCUGCCGUUCAUGGCCUCCGAGAACAUCAUCAUGGCCAUGGUGAAGGCGGGCGCCGACCGACAGGAAUGCCACGAGCAGCUGCGGCAGCUUUCGCAGGCGGCUGGCGACCGGGUCAAGCAGGAGGGUGCGGACAACGAUCUGGUGGAGCGUCUGCGCGCCUGUGCCUACUUCGAGCCCGUGCACGGCCAGAUGGACGCGCUGCUCGAGCCGGCCUCCUUCACCGGCCGCGCCGCUGAACAGGUGAGGGAUGCGGGUACCGGACCAGGGGGCGGGGGUGACGCGCCGCCCCGCUCAGGUGAGGGGUGCGGGUACCGGACCAGGGGACAGGGGGUGACGGCCGCCCCGCUCCAGGUGAGGGGUGACGCAGUUUUGGCGGAGGAGGUGGCGCCGGUACUGGAGCGCUACAGAGGCCAACUGGACGACGCAGCCGAGCUGCACAUCUGA